CUCCCUCCCACUUCUCUCCUUAAUUUCGUUCUCUCCUCUACCGCAAAGACUACUCCCUUCACGAAAGGAAAAAAAAAAAAGCAUAUCACAUUAUCAAUCAUAUAUGGGGCUUCUUAGAGACAAAGGCAUCGUUUACAAACCCGUCAACGACGUCGAUCUAGGCCCUAACACCGAUCAAAUCUACCUCCAUGCCGACGUCAAAGCUCCUCGAAUGGCUGGAAUAAUUGCGAAGCUGUUCGUGUGGUUUCUGGAAAUGAAGAUAAUUGGCACCAUCUUGCUCUAUUUUCUCAAGAAGAAUAAUCGAAUUCAAAAGCUGGUAUCAUAUGGAGUGAUGGAAGAUCCACCUCUAUAUGUUCCUUUGCACCAAUACGAAGACGUUGAAGAAGAGGAUGUCAAAAAGCUAGAGCCCGGUCUGUCUCCAGCAGAACAAGUUCAACAUGCCAUGGACUGUAUAUUGUCCUCGGACACUAUACUUCAAGAUUCAUACUACAGUUUCCGCAGAUGGACGAUCUUGGAUUACUCAAAAGCUUAUGCAUCGCGACAAGUAACUCCACUUAUGGUUGCAGAGCGGUUAUUAUCAGCAGUCAUGCGAUCUUCUAGUCCAGACAUCGAUAUGUCAUUCUUCAUUAGUUAUGAUGCUCAUGAUGUAUUAAGGCAAGCUACUGAGUCAACUCUACGAUACCAGAAAGGUAAACCAAUAUCAGUUCUAGAUGGAGUUCCCAUUGCCAUCAAGGACGAAAUAGAUUGCAUGCCGUAUCCAACUACUGGAGGCUCAAAGUGGUUGCAUAAAGCAAGACCAUGCAAACAAGACGCCAUUUGUGUUAAUCGCUUGAGAUCAUGUGGUGCCAUACUUGUGGGAAAAACAAAUAUGCAUGAGCUUGGUGCAGGAACUAGUGGGAUAAACCCUCAUUACGGGACGUCACGGAAUCCAUAUGAUCCUACACGUAUCUCUGGUGGUUCAUCCAGUGGAUCGGCUGCUGUUGUGUGUGCAGGGCUAUGCCCAGUUGCUCUUGGUGUUGAUGGGGGAGGAUCGGUCAGAAUGCCUGCUGCUCUAUGUGGUGUCAUUGGUUUCAAGCCCUCCUUUGGGCGCAUACCACAUUCAGGUGUUCUGCCUUUGAAUUGGACAGUUGGAAUGGUUGGAGUACUAGCAGGCACAGUUGAGGAUUCUCUAAUUGUUUAUGCAGCUAUCAGUGACGGAGCAAAUUUACACCAACCAAGCAUGCAGCCUAAACUACAUUUACCAAUGCUGAAGCCUUCCAACAUGUCUUGUAUCAGACUGGCUAAAUCUAAUGAGUGGUUCAAUGAUUGCUCCGAUGAUAUUAGAGCUUGCUGCUUAAGAGCAUUGGCUGGUCUACAUAAGGUGUAUGGAUGGGAGACCGUAGAAGUGACUGUACCAGAUAUAGAAGUAAUGAGGCUGGCUCAUUAUGUUACAAUUGGUUCAGAAUGUACAGCAUCAAUUGCUCAUCAUUUAGAAAAGACGGGCAGGGCAGAAUCAGGCUGGGACGUAAGAGUAGCACUUUCUAUAUAUGGUUCUUUUGACAGCAGAGAUUACCUGAAUGCACAACGAAUCAGAAAUCGUCAAAUGAGGUUCCAUGAAAAGAUUUUCAGCAUUGCCGAUGUCAUUGUUUCACCUAUGGUCGGUGUGACAGCCUAUGAAAUAAAGGACGAUGCUCAACAGACAGGUGAACUGGACUACGUUAAUGGAGCUGCCCUCGUCCGAUAUUCAAUAGCUGGAAAUUUUCUUGGAUUGCCGGCUGUGACUGUGCCGGUUGGGUAUGAUAGAAACGGGUUGCCCAUUGGGAUUCAAUUUAUCGGGAAGCCAUGGUCUGAGGCUAAGUUGCUCCAGAUAGCUUACGCAAUGGAGGCAUUGUGCAAGGCCGGAUACAAGCAGCCAAAGGUUUUCUAUGAUCUACUUGCUGAGAGCUAAUGGUGUUAGAGAUGAUCAAAACACAACAGCUUCCAUAGUUCCUUAGUAAAUAAACAAAAGAUGGCGUUUUCGUUUAGUUUGUAGAUUGCUUGCAAGGUCUAUCAGUCAUCAGGUUACAUAAAAGUAUUUUAUAUAGGUUACAGUGUGAAACUUCUUUUUGUUAUGUAUAUAUAUUGGGCGAUGUUUGUAGUGUUUAUAUUAAUUUUAAGGUUGAUUUAAUAAAA